AUGAGUGUGAAGGGCAUGGCUCUAGUCUUGGCUGUGUUAUUCUGCACUGCGAUUGUUCAAGGCUUCCCCAUGUUCAGAAGGGGACGUUGUCUCUGCGUAGGCGUUGGACUAAAUGCAGUGAAAAUGGAAGACAUUAAGGAAGCCUCCAUAAUUUUUCCAAGUGGCAGCUGUGACAAAAUAGAAGUGAUUGUCACCCUGAAAGCACAAAAAGGACAGCGAUGCCUGAAUCCCAGGUCAAGGCAAGCAAACCGUAUGAUCAAGCAAAUUCAAAGAAAACAUCUUUUAAAACAUCAAAACGUAUGA